UCCAAGCUAACCUCCCACUCGCAGGUCCUAGCUCCAAAGCCGCCGAUGAACAAUAAUGCCACGCGACGUCCACCUAUUCAUGCCCGUCGAAUACCCCCAAGGUUUUUCGAUGACAUGCAAGGCGACAUUCAUUCCUCCGCCUCGCGCGAUGUCCAUCCCCCUUCCUCCAAUCGCAUUCUUGCACCCUCUAUAGGGAGUCCACGCGCAUUCCUCGCCCGCAUUCCGUCGCUCUUUCGUCCCUCUCACUUUCACACCAGCGAUGCGACUGAACUCCAACAAACUCCGAGGCAAGGGAUCUUCACUCGUCGCGGUCCUCGUACUGUUGAAGUCGCUACAGUACAAGACAGAAAGUCCUUGUUUGUUGCUCCGAGGCCCAAAAAAACCCAGCAGCAGAGCGGCCAGUCUCAUGGCCAGGGGUCGUCAUCACAAUCUCAGCCUGUCGCUACUUCGACGUCUACGUUCCUCACGUUGUUGGCUCGUCUCGUGCUUUUGAUUUGUUGCGCACCUCUCCCGAGCACUGAUGGUCAAUAAUACCCCAGCAGACGAAAAACUAUUACCUUUGUAUCUCUACUUCUUUGUCUACUCUGUCAAUCGUAUCUUCC